AUGGGUCCACCAGCAUUGAUUCCAAAGAAGGGUGGACGAUCGCUGCGUAACCUGAACCCCCGGAAAGCCCUCAGAGUGGUGAUCACGAACAGCCACAACAAGGAGAAUGGCCAAUCUCCCAUCACUUGCUACUCCACCCGGGUCACCACGGGCAUGGAGAAGGAUGAGGAGAAGGAGCUACAUCUUCAGGUGGCCAUGCAGACUCAGAAGGCCUCAUUAGGAGGGACGUUGCGGAAUGCGUCCGCCAUUCCCACUCCCAAGGUCCAGAAUCUGGAUUUCGGAGGCUACUCGGUACAUCGGUUUGUACGGAAAAGGAUACGAAAUGAUCUGAAAUGGAUAAAAGCCGUCUCUGAUGAGGAUUACUGCAUGAACAGCGAGACCUACGAGAUGGAUGAGGAGGAUCAAGAGUGGUUGGAGCAGCAGAGGAAAGACCAAUAUCGGAUAUCAGACGAAGAUUUCGAGGAGACCAUUGGCAUCAUGGAGAACAACUCGAGGAAAACGGUGAUCAGUCUGGCUGCAAUGUUCGUGAAACAACCGAAUUUGAGCAGGGAAUUGGUCACUUUGAUAUACGACUAUUGGCUAAAUAAGCGACUGGUAAGUUGGAAGUUUAAAUUUGGAGGUUUACAUUGUUUGUUUUUUAACCUUUUCUUGUAGAAGCUCUGUGAGACCACGUUUCCGAGUGCUUCUUUGGUUCCAAUGGUACCGUCGGAAGGUGAUUAUGAGGACAAGAACCCUUAUGUUGCAUUUAGGAAACGAGAAGGAGUAAGUUUAGCCUUUCGUAUAGUACAAUAGGUCAUUCGGACUUUUCAACCUUAUUUCUGGUAUUUCUCCUCCAAAAUGCAGUAAUUUUUGUAAAAUAUGUAUAAAAAUAAAGCCGAGGGACCCCCUUUUUUGUAUACCAAGCUAGGUUUUUUCAAUGGUUUUCAGUUUGAAAGGGGCACGUCAAGAUUUUGCGCUCAAAGGGUUAUCCAUCAACACGAAAGUUGGCAUUCCGUUUCCGCUUAUGGAAGUGUCCAAAAAAUCAGUCUCAAUGACAGUUUUUUUGGACGAGGUCAGAGGAAAGGCGAAAUAUUGCGCAAAAUGAAGAGAUUUUCUAUCUCGAAACUGGCUCAUUUGAUUUUUUUCGUUUUAGGCUCAAAAAAUCCGCCUUGUUCCAGACUAUGUUUCCACGAAACUUCAAAUAGGGGCGAGGGAAAAUCUUAGAGAAAUCCUCGAAAUCGCAACAUUUUUUAGGCGUUGUUAGUUUAGGCUUCAAACAGAAAGAAGACGACCGAUUUUUUAUAUGAAAUAUAUAUGUUCAGGUUAAGCAAGAGCCCAGCUUCAAAUUUAUGUAUGCAAUAACCAUAUUCUACCCCAUCUUCAUCAUGUAAUCAGGCUAUCUUUGGAGCAAAAAAUUGUCUUUGAGAUCAAACAGAAUGCCAAGAAUUUUUCAUUGCUUGAGCGCUUUUGUUUUAUUUUUUCUUGACGUGAGGGGAGACUUCCAGGUGCGACGCUCAGAUUUUCUUUAAGCUUUGCAGACUGGGAUAGGCAAAAUAUCAAUUCCUCAACGUAUCAGCUCGCGCUUUUAAGGCGCAGCCGAGAUGUUCAACAUGGGUCACUGUAAAUAUAGAAUCUGUAUUUUGGGUACAAAAAAGUACCUAAUCUACGAUUUGAUAUAAACAUUACAGAAAUUCGUGCAAUAUUGGCGAAGACAGACCUGAAAUAGGAUUGGAAGUUCCGAGUAAACCACCAUGUACAGUUUUGCUUAUGUUUGUAUUACAAUAUUUUACAACAUCGUUUUUUACAGGAUAUUCGCCGAAGAUCAUCACGGUUGGCGUUCCAUCAAACAAUAAUCGCGCUGCAAAAUGAUGAGGUUUGUUGUUUUAUAAUUGAUUUUGUGCAUCAAUAUUUUUUUGGUAUUGAAUCUAAUGAGAUUUGACUUUAGCAUCAGAAAGAUCCCGCACAAGCUGCAAUAGAACGGGAAGAAGCCCUGGAAGGACUACGAUAUGAGUUUACCCAAUUAUCCGAAAUUGACGGCGAUUUCUCAUUCAAACGGAUCAAAUCGGCGGCGUACAUAAUGUCAGACCCCCAAACCUCCGAAGAUCUCAUUGUUCUGGAUCAACGAACGAAAGUCUUGCAACAGAAGGAAGUCCAGAAGUCUCUGACCAUCAAACCUCUUGAACGAGUCCCGUCUCCGAAGAGGCUGAGGCUCGAAUUAAAUGGAAUUUCUUCGACUAGUCGAAUAGAGGACGGAAAUGACGGUAAGGAGAAAGACUUGUCCUAUUGGGGUUUUAAUUGAUAAUUUUGUGGCCUUAUUAUAAGCAUGAUGGGGUAGUGUACACAGUACCUGUUGUAUUGAUUUUUCGCAACUUUUGUGGAAUUUGCUAAUGGCGUAAGGAAUUUUUAGGCCCUUCCACAUCUCAAGAACCACAACCGGCGAGGAAUUUGUUCGUCGGCCGCCGGACCCAGGCUCUGUUCAAUGUUUUUGUAACCAGGGAAGCGCUGUCGGACUCGAAAACUCCCUCAUAUGAUCCCUUCUUAACUCCGAGUAUCCCUUGCAAUUCGGGUGAUAAUUUGCCCUCUGGCUGA